GCUUGUUAGACUUACAACUGGUUGAUUCUUAGCUACUUGGACUUGGAAAGAAGCUUGUUUUAUCAGUAGUUUAGUACACUAUAACGGAUAAAACCCAUUUUAAGCUUCACGCCAAGCUCAUAUCUUCAAGGUAGAAUUUGAAGAUUCGUUUUCAUGUGGCAGGGCGGAAGUGGUUACAUUGCUGUGUUUAGGAUCUAGCCUAAGAAAGGAAACUUGCUUCUAGACUCCUUGUGCACUCUUUAGUGGUACGUUUGUCUUCAAAAGUAUGCUGUUACAGACAGUUUUUAAAAAAUUAUGUUGUUAUUCAUUUGAAUAUUUUAUUUUACAGUUGAUAAGAUUCGAAAACAAGAAAGUGAAGGAGAGGUAACAUUUGAAUUUGUUCGUCUCAGUUAAGAUUAUGAGAGGGUAACUUGGAGUAUAUAUGUUCUCUUUCGUAAUUGUCAUAUCCAAGAUCGCAUGUAUUCUUUGAUUUCAAGGAUAGAUUUGGAAACAAAUCUAGCUCAAUCUUCUAAGAAUAUCACUACGAUACGUAAUUAGCAUAUAAACAGAUCGACGCCGCUCACUGACUAAGCAGUUGACAUUCUCGCACCGGUAAGGACAAACGUUUUCUAGUUGCUCACAGUCCAGUGUUACUUUGCAAGCAAUUUUCACAAGUAGCCAAGCUUUAAUGCAGCUUUAACUUAUAAAGAAGUUCAAGAAGAAUGAUUUUCACCUGAAAUAUUAUCGUAGCUGUAACAGUUAACCGGCAUUAACCGAGAUGAAAAGUGUUAACGUUUUUGACGAGAAAAUCAUACGAUCAUUUCACUUCCGGCUUUGAACACUGUUUGAACUGGCAUUAAGUCUUUAAGCGUAUGUAUUAAGAAAAAAAAAAUAAACGAACUCUUUGAUUAUUCAAGUGGCAAUUAAUGGGCGCCAAGGCAUUUCGAUUAAACCGUAAGUCCGGUUUAAUGCAACAUUACACACUGAUUCUUGACCAACUUACUCAAUUCCCGGUCACCUCCCCCCGCAUUGAAAAGAUUCGCCUACUAUAUUAAUAUUCAAAAUAUCUUGCUUUCAAAACAAGGCUAAGUGCAGAACCGUGUUUGUGAAAAUGUAAGUGACGUUUUCGUAGCCGCGUCGCCGUCGUCGUUGUAUAGACUCUCUGAUAUUUUACACGUGGGCGUGCAGUUUGAUUAAUAUGUUACUAUAGCAAGUACUUAUAUUCCCCUUCUAUUCAUCAGUCAUGGAUGUCUCAUCCGAUCAUCCUGAGACCAUGAAAGCAACAAGGAGUCUGGACAAUUCAGAGGUUUAUUCUUUUUUCUUAUUGCUUUUCAUAAAAUGCUAUACUUAAUAUUCAUUAUACUAUAUUGUUGACUUGUCAGCUGGCAUGUUGACUGACAUGGUUGAAUUGUUGACUAAUCUUAAACAAUUGUUGAAUGAGGCAGAGUAUCAUCUGAAGAAUUAUGGAGAUCGAGGAGGGUGUUAUUGGGUAUUUAAAAAAAUGAAAGUGACAAAUAUAUGCCAAUUCAUUAAACUGGCGUAUUUGUCACUUCAUAACUUGUAGCAUUUAUCUUUGGAUUUGAAAGAAAUCCUUCUUAUUAGAUAAAGCUGUAAUUGUAAGCUGCUAAUUUUUCAAAGUGCAUGGCUGGUUUGAGAGUAAUACAGUCAAACACCUUUGAUACGGACAUUGUAGGGGCCAUAGAAAGUGUCCGUAUAAACGGGGUGCCUGCAUUAAGCGGGUCAUGUUUUUAAAGUAAAAAAUACACCUUUUAGUUGAUCAAUGAUCAAAAUACUACUAACAGAAAUAAAACAAGUCCAUGCAGCCCUGAUUGCUAGCUUGAUUUGUUCUCAGUAGUCCCGAGUUCCAAUACCCGGCCACGCUUGUAAAUAGCCAACUGGUUCAACUCUUAUCAAUUGGGAUUAUUAACCAUUUUAUGGUCUAUUUCAAUUUUUUGUUUUAUUAUCCCUGAAAAGCCCCAUAAGUUGAGAGGAUAAUUAAAGUAUUAUUAUUAUUAUUAUUAUUAUUAUUAUUAUUAUUAGAACAAAAGAGAACAGAAAAAAGAGGUUGGGUCGAGUGAUAGCGGGUUGAGGACGACUAUGUUUUCCGUCGGCCUUUUACCGCCAAUUUUUACAAGCAACACAUGGCUGGAAUUGUUACUAACUACAUUUAACAAUUAUUCUUUGAAAUCGAGGUAAAUAGUGUCUGAAUAUUAAUAUUCGUAAAGCCAUUAUUCACCGAGACUGAAAAGAAUAAUUGUUUUAGUAUAUACACACAAAGUGAUCUCAACAAAGUCAGAAAGGAAACCAUUAAAAAGUACGAUUUGAUUGACGGAUCAAAUCAUGCGUGAAAAAUUUCAUGUAGCGGUACCAGCACAUGCGCAAAAGUUAGAUCUUUGCAGAAUUUUCAAACAUGGCAAUUCGCAAGUUUAUCAUUUCGCAAACAACAGCGUAACGGCUUAAAUGGCACCGUCAAGAGUUUAAAGGAAAAAAAAAUUAGAAGAAAACUAGAGCUUCGUUAUUUUCUGUAAACUCGUCAAGUAAGUGAAAAAGUUUUGUUGCGUCGUUCUUCGCAUGAAGUACUGACAUGGCGGCUCGGUUGCUCGAGGUAAGGCGUCGUUUUCCUGCGGCAUUCUUUGUCCUAAUUGCUUGAAACGUACAAUUUUCGCACACAUUUACUUUCAUUUUUGUUUGCCAUAAAUAAACUCAAAUUUUUGGGCAUUAUUUUUCUUGGUAAGAAACACUGAGUUCACAAAACAACCUCUUCCCCUGGCCUGCUACUCGAACAAACAUUAGAUGUGAACAUUCAUCGAGCCAAAAACUCAGCUAAAGUAUGGCAAAACGCUGUUUUGAAUCGUACGACGUGUUCUCUUGCCUUAAAAAACGUCAAUCCUAAGAUUUUGUCGAAUUUCGAAAUAUCGUUCUCUAAAAAAACUGGAAAUUAAAGACACCGAGCUCAUGCAUUAUUUACUCGCCAGGAGGUGAAUAUAGAAGGGAAAUUUUCAAUUUUCAUCGGUCAACAAAAAGACCUUUGGACCACAAGGAAUGGGACAAAACAUUCUUUUUUAGCACCAUUUCAAGCACUAAGGCAGAUGUCGGAAUUCUAUUCGUUUUGAAGGAAAGUGAAAAGAUCAAGCGACAAAUUUGCCUCUCUAAGGCAAAUUUGUCGCUUGAUCUUUUCACUUUCCUUCAAAACGACAACUGAGUAUUUUCUUCAACUUCUACUUUUCAUUUGUAUUCAUUUGUAUUUCUUCGGUGCAGGAGAGGAGAUUUGCUGAAUUUAUCUCAAUUUUACCGCGUUAGCUUUUGUUGGCAUGAAGGCGUGGACCAAUGGGCAAAUGGUAGAUGGCUAACUGACCAAUCAAAGCGCGCUUCACUCUUGUUGUUUUAUAAUUUGAAGUUCGAAAUUGUUGUUGAAUAGAAUUCCGACAUCUGCCUUAGUGCUUGAAAUGGUGCUAAAAAAGAAUGUUUUGUCCCAUUCCUUGUGGUCCAAAGGUCUUUUUGUUGACCGAUGAAAAUUGAAAAUUUCCCUUCUAUAUUCACCUCCUGGCGAGUGAACCCGGUCCUUCUUUUAGUUUAUAAAAUGAUAGUGAUAGAGCGCCGGGGGCAAAUGUGCACUAUGUGAUAAUGCACUACAGCCCAUAUGAACUUUGAUGAUGAAUUAAUGAUGAAUAAAUAGAAAAAAUACUACCCGCUAGCAAAUCAGACUGGAAAUUAGACUUGGACAUUCCAUGCUUCAAAGUAGUGUUGCAGCUAGUUGUCGUUUUCUUUAUUAAAUUAGCAGGAGCUUCAGUCACAAUCUUAGGUAGUAAACUAAUAUUUUGAGGGGAAAAUCUUUGAAAUAACACACUAUAUGAAAAGGAAGGGAACAUAAUGAUUGGAAUAAUUAUGCCAGGAUUUUAAAUUUGUUCUGGUUGCUGAAGUGUUUAUUGUACAUGCUAAAUUACUACAAAGGUGUAAAAAACCCAGGUCUUUCCACGGAGUAAGAUCUCAGAUUCAUAUUACUGUCACUCUGAUACAGGUACUUCAAAGACAAACUACCUGCAUCUUCUUAUAGUUAAUUCAUCAUCAGAAAACUUCGAAAAUGCUGAUCGUACUUCGCGAAAAUUAACUAUGCAAGUUUUGGGCCGUAGAUCUUUUACAGAUCCGAUAUGCUGUAAUUCUUGCAUGGUUCUGUCCAUGUUUUGAGGUUGGUUUUGGCCAAUUCUUUAUUUUCUCUGCGAGACAUCAACUUGACACUUGGACUCUCUCUCUUGCCCUCCAGAAGACACGUGGUAUGGCGUGAUUCUGUGGGUGUUGAGAGUUCUGGGUCAGGGGUUAAAAUCAGAGUGCACGGAUAUUUUUCAUCAGAGCUUUGUCCGGUUGUUGCGCCAUACUUACGAGCCCCAAAAAGGGCGAAACAGCUGUCUAUGGCUACAAUCCCGCUCUGUUUUGAGUUCUUUCGGUGUCUUGUUGAUAUCUUGCAGAGUUAAUUUUAGCGUAGUGUGAUCAGCAUUGCAGUAUUCUGCUUGCAGAAUUUUAUGUCUACAAAUUAGGGGUUGCGUUCUCGUACCUCGAACGCAAUAAAACUAACUAUCGACCAGACACAGAAAGAAUAUAGAAAUGAUAAUACAGCGAACCCAUCUCUUCUUUGCGGAAAUGAUCAAAAUGAAUCCGAGAGAAAUCAAUCAGUUACCGGUAUUCGAUUGGCAAAAAACGUCAAGUGGUAAACAAGGAAAGUGUUUUAGAGGAAAAAACUUUCUCAUUUGUAAAAGAAUUAGCCCGAUAGACGGUCGGGUCACAGUACAUUAAUACCUUGUGCAAAAAAGAAUUAGAAGAUAUAGCAAAGUGGCGCACACAAGGAGCAAUUUUAAGGUGCACAGCAAGAUAGUAUAAUGAAGGAGAAAGAAAUACGAAGUAUUUUCUCAUUCAAUCUUGAAAAGAAGCGUGAUAAGCUUAACACUAUAAGUCAGCUCCAAAUCAGCGAGAAAAAAUUUGCCACCUCUUAUUCGGAAACUCUCUGAGUGUUAAACUUUCUAUAAAAUUCUUCUCACAUUUCAAGGAAACACAAUCGCAACAGAUGACGAAUUUUUCCGACUCAAAAAUGACACAUUUUUGGAUUAUAAUGACUCUGCUAGCUGUGAAGGUCUUUUUAACUGUGAAAGAAUGCCUAGAAGCUUUAAAAGAUAUGGAUUCAGAAAAGAGCUCUCCACGGAUUGAUGGACUUCCAGCGGAAUUUUACAAAACCUUUUGGAUGAUUUAGCUCCUAGUUUGAUUGCUGCGCUUAACUACGCCCGAGGCAUGGACACUUUCGGUCUCCCAGUGACGAGGAGUGAUUAAAUUAUAACUAAUACCAAAAAAGGACGUUAAUCCGCACUUUAUCAAAAACUAUUCAACAAAUCCCCGGUUUGUUACUUUUCAUUGACCUCGAAAAGACUUUCAACUCCCUGGAAUGGUCGUUUGUUAAUCGCACGCUUCAAUAUUUUGGUUUUGGCCCCUCUCUAACAAAUUUGAUUCGAACGUUUUAUACCAACAUUGAAAGUUGAGUUUAGAACAACGAAUCGUCGAGCGAUUGUUCGGCAAGGCUGCCCUCUAUCACCUUACUUGUUUAUUCUGUCCGUCGUAGUGCUAGGGAAAUCAAUUAGGGCUAACUCUAGCAUUAAAGGUAUCACCGUGAAUAACACAGAAAUUAAGAUAAGCCAAAACGCAGGUGACACUACCCUGAUCCUUAACGGUGAACGAGAAUCUUUUUUAUCACUGUAGAUAACUUCGGCUAUGCGUCUGGUCUCAAACUUAAUGACAAGAAAACUGAAGCCUUAUUUUAAACUUUCGCUUUCUACUAGCCAGACACUAUAUCUGGGGUAUUAGAACCAGUAACAAGACCCUUCAUUCCCAAUAUAAAAUGGAAACCUUCAAACAAGUCUAUUUGUCAAAGACAUGGGAUCCUUUUGUCCCACUCCUCAACGUUAAAUGUUAGUUUGGAAAUAUAUAUUUGUUCCCAAGUGACCUGUAUGCUCUUGAGACGGCUUUCUUGUUUUUAUUGUUUCCUCAUUGUACAGCUUAGUACCAAAGCCUUUUUAAAAAAGAACAUUAGGGCCAUUUAUACGAGGAAAAAUAAGACGCGUCUCACAUAAGACGCGUCUUAAAUAAGACGCGAACUCUACCAUUUAUACGAGCAUGUCUUAUCUAAUAAGACGCGUCUUAACUAAGCCGCGUCUUAUUUUGGACGAAAUGUGCCGUUUAUACGGAAAGUUCGCGUCUUAUUUAAGACGCGUCUUAUUUUUCCUCGUAUAAAUGGCCCUAUUGUGUUCAACAAUCAGCUUUUCUCUUUAAUUAUUUAUGUCAAAAUUUUUUUAAUUUAUUAAUUUCUUAAUUGUUAUUUGUACCUUUACUUAUUUAAUUUUUUCUUAUUUUUGUAUUUUGUACUGUAGUGUAAUAAUUUUUUUUAGUCUACUAGUGUUGUCAAUUGUGUAUUGUACCGUUUGUGGAGUUAUUGACAAAGUUAAUUUAAAAAGCAGUUCACAAUGUACUAAAAGAGCCAUCAGUUACCAAACCUGCUACGUCAUUUGGCUCAAAGAUCGUUGUUGUCGUUGUUUUUGUAGGCUUGUUAUCCUGAGACAAGUGUUCUUUCUACCAGGACAAUAUUAUAUGUUACUCUUCUGGGUGGUGAGUGGAGUUCAUCUGCUGGUGGGUUGUCAACAAUAAACAGAGAACUUGCAAUUCACCUUUCAAAUCAUUCAGCAGUGAAGGUUUCUUUGCUAGUCCCACAGGGAGCUUGCAAUUAUGAGGAAAGGAGGGAAGCCGAUACCUAUGGAAUAUCUGUCGUUGAGGCGAAGAGACUUUCAGCAUUUGAUCGUCUUGAUUGGUUAAGCUUACCACCCCAUGAACACCUCAUGGACAUCGUUGUUGGCCAUGGUGUGAAACUUGGUCGGCAAGUACAAAUCAUAAGAGACUCACCUCAAUUUUCAAAUUGUAAGUGGGUACAAGUGGUUCACACUGCCCCAGAGGACCUUAGCAGAUACAAACGCUACAGUGACUCCAUUUCAAAAGGUGAAACAAAGCACGAAUCAGAAGUGGAACUUUGCAGACUUGCUGACCUUGUUGUUCCUGUGGGACCUAGACUGAAAGAAGCAUACUCUUCAUACUUACAGCGACAUAAGACUGAUCGAGACGUUUUGUCUAUUACUCCAGGUCUUUUUGAAAGGGAGUUUGGGGACUUAGUAGCAAAGCAAUAUCCUAAUGAGGAUGGCGAAUUCAAAGUGUUGUUAUUUGGUCGUGGGGAUGAUGAGGACUUUGAACUCAAAGGAUACAACAUUGCUGCUAAGGCAUUUACUGAUCAACGGCUAAAAAACAAACCUUAUCAUCUAUUCUUUGUCGGAGCACCCGAAGGAAAGCAAGAAAAUGUUAGAGGAGCACUUCUACAACAUGGUAUUGCAGAAGCACAGUUGACUGUUAGAAAAUAUAUACACAGUAGAGACAGGGUGAAAGAUUUGCUGUGCGAAGUUGACCUUGCCAUCAUGCCAUCAAAAUCAGAAGGGUUUGGACUAGUCGCACUGGAGGCGUUGUCUGCAGGUUUACCCAUUCUUGUAGGUAGUAGGUCAGGGUUUGCUAAAGCACUAGAAAAUGUUCCUCAUGGUUAUACUUGCAUUGUUAAUUCAGAUGACCCUACAGAAUGGGCAAAAGCAAUAGAAGCUGUUCGUAUCAGGCAUGGAAUGAGACUUAAAGAGAUAAAAUCACUGAGAAAAUCGUAUCGGGAGAUGUACAGUUGGAAGGAACAAUGUGAAGCCCUUGUGAACAGAAUGAAGAAAAUGGUUCAUGGUAAGAGUUUUCAAUUAAGUACAGAGUGCUGAUGUACUAAAUUGAUUAUGUUGCACUGUAAUAUAGUUUUCGUAGUACUAUAUACCCAAAUGUAAGUGUGCAGCGAUAGUCUUUACCCACAUUAUCGAGUAUACACGCAGGUACUGUCAGUUCUCUUUGCAAAUUUUGUACAUGUAAUAAUUGUCCCAGAAUAUUUUAUUGUGAAAAGUAAGAGCAGGGAGAUACAUAUGGCCAGGACACUUAAAAUAAUAUACCCCUUUAUAAUCUAACCUGAUAUCAGGCCCAAUCAAUUUAUAGCAGUUUCCAUUCUCUUUUAAGUUAUCGCGCUAAAGAUUCUCUCAUUCCCAAGGCGGAUAAAGGUUGGGCGAUGGUUUGAGCAGAGCUAAAAGACCAUGGGGUUUCCACGAAAAACCCUCCGAACACUUAACAGUAUUUUCUCUGAAACAGUAAACGUUAAAAAAUUGGCCAAUUUAACAGCGAACAAUAGAGAUUAAUAACACUAAACACAAAUAACACUAAACGCCACUCAGACCCUCUACAAACUAUAGUCGGUUUUGCGUUGGGCAGUGACGAACAUGCAAAAAUAAAAUUUGCUGCUUGAAAAAGAUGCCUACUUUUCCUUUGUAAUAAUGUGGCUCAAAGCUUGAUAGAGAUGACUGUAUAACCGAGGAAAAAAGCGAAUUUACUCUGAAUUCCUAUUACUUCUUGAGGUUAAAUAUUUUGUGCGCAUCUUUUAAAUUUGUAUGGGAAGUUAUGAAAGUGGGUUUCGAUCAUAAAAAGACCUGUGAUUUGUAGAAUAAGGGUUUAAGUGCUACAUGGGGCGUGGUUCCACACGGGUGCCAGUUAUGGUAGGUGGAAAAUAAACGAUUUAAAACAUUUAAUACAUACAUCGCUUUGUAAGAAGCUUAUUAAUUCCUUGUUCUCACACCAGAUGCUUCUGAUAUACCAAGGGAUGUGUCUGUCACUGGAAAGCAGCCUGUUGCAAGAAAACGUGCUCAUUCAGCUUCUGGAUUCUCAGGAGACCAAUGCCCAAUUGAUGAAGACACUAACACUGAGGAUGCAGCCAGAUUAAGUGAAGAUUCUCCCCCAAUUUGCCGUACUCCUAGCGUUUCAGGGUUCACUUCUGACCAAGGUAUAGAAUUACAUUGACGAGGUGCAAAACCUUUUUACGUGUUUUAAUAAACUCUUUAGGCCCGGUUCUGACGCCGAUCUUUUCAAGAGCCGAACCUAAUACAUUGAAUUAAGUACAUGAAAAGUUCGGCGUCUGAAUCAAUUAGGAACGCCUAUUUCAAUUUGGAACGGCUCAGCCGUUCUUUUGGCCUAGCCUGGCCAAGAAUUUCGCCUUUGGAGCGACUUUGGAACAGCUUUGAUUCAGAUGCCGGAUUUUUCAUGUACCGAGCCUAAUGCGCACCGUGUAGCAUGAAAAUUUUGCGGGAGUUUUAUUUUGCGGAUUGGCGAUUUUUUGUGGUUUGCGGGAACAAAUUUUUGCGGUUCGAGAUGACUGAAAUUUCUGGUGGGAACUAAUUUUUGGUUCAAGUAGCAGAAUAUUUAAGUGGAAGAAACCUUAAUAUGGUAUUUUUAACUUUUAUUUUACGGUAUGUUGAGUCAAAGUUCACUCUACUUACAUAUUUAAUGGAGAAUACAUGUAAUACGGUAAUCACUGUAAUAUCUUACUACACAAAGGGACUGAACAACAGCAAAACAAAACAAAAGCCUAUCCCUACCAUACACAGCAAGUCCAUUAAAAGCAGAGUUUUUUAUUUGACUGAAGGGAGUUAAUUUUUGCCGCGUUUUAUUUUGCGGUUUUUUUUUUACCGCGGGAACUAAUUUUUGCGGAUCGAAGUCAAUCCACAAAAUUCGCAAAAAUUAGAACCUGCAAAAUUUUCAUGCUACACGGUAAAUUAUUAUAACGUAUUUUGUAAGUAGUUUGACCGAAAUGAACAUUUUUCUCCUUUUGAAUUUAGUUCGGCUGGAAUUAAGAUCGGCGUCUGAAUCAACUCAACCGGUCUAAAUAAUCUGGGUCUGCCUUAAUUCGAAUUAGGUUCGGCUCAUGAAAAGUUCGGCGUCUGAACCGGGCCUUAGAACCUUUUUUGACCCAUUUAAAAAAGUAUCAGGGGCGUAGCGCGACGUUUUGAAGGUGUACGCACGGAAAGAAAGAAUGGACUUCCCAAUGUGCUACCAACUAGGAGGUGUGGGGCAACCUCCGCAUAAAUGCCAUUUUGGGCGUUUUCCGUAAGACAUUUUCGGUACAUAAAUACAAAGGAAAAUGCGAUAAUUCAGAGUUGUUUUAUUUACAUCGGCUAGUGUUAUCGGUUGUGCAAUGCUUACGGAAAAAAAAAAACGCCAUCAAGGAGAUUACUAGCAAAGGGUGAGAUUAAUGCGUAAGAUUUAUCAAUCAACCCGAUUUAAUGAUAAAAAUGCUUUCAGGAAAUAAAAAAUAGAUAUUUUCUAGGUUUCAGCUGUACGCACGGGCUCUAACCUGAACUGUAUUUACCUUUUGCAAAAGCACAUAGCGCGGCUUUUAUCAAAAGCUCACUAUCUAGCAAAUACCGCCCCAUUAUUCAGCUAACUAAAGUCCUUGACAUAUAUAGCAUUAAUUCUUUUUCUGUUGCUACAUUUAUGUAUUCCUAUCACCAUAAUCUUUUGCCGAGUAGCUUUCGUAACCUCUUUUUAAGUAGUAACCAGGUUCACCAUUAUCAAACUCGACUAACCUCUCGGUAUAAACCUCAUUUUUGUAGAACUAUUACAUGGGCCAUUUAUACGAGGAAAAAUAAGACGCGUCUUACAUAAGACGCGAACUGUACCAUUUAUACGAGCAUGUCUUAUCUAAGACGAGAACAGCUCGUAUAAACGGUUCGCGUCUUAUUUCUAGGGACCUUAAGGUGACUUGACCCAGUUUUUUUUUUUACCAUCCUACUUUGAAGCUCUCUGGUAUCCCCACCCUUACUUUUAUCGUAAGUCUAACACAUAGAAUGGAUAACAUAUAGAUCAAUCUACAAUAUAACAUAAAAUGUUUGGCGAUCGGAGUAAAUGUCACGUGGUUAUAAUGCCACGCCCCUUUGAGGUCUGAGUCGAAAAGCGUGGUCAUUGCACGCGUGCUGAACAAGAAUGCUGUAUAAUGACAGACUAGAAACAACAGACAACUCCCAAAGCACAAACUCAGCCAAAACGCUAAAAAUCUUCAAUGUUUACUCAUGUUUGGGCUUAUAGAAGAUAAUGUCGCAGUUUUUCAAUGACCAUGAAAUUCAGAGUACGGGUAGUUAGUUAAUCAAUUUUGGCCCUGAAAAAAUUUGAAGGAAAAAAAACUACGAUUUUUUAAGAAAAUGCUUUUUUCAUGAGAAGGACUCUUCAACGCUGACAAACGUCAACAAAUAGCGAAAACUAUAAUUUCUAUAUGUUUGCUUUGCUCGAAAUCGCGCGCAUUUACAAGGCCCUAAAGCGUUUUGCUGACUUGCAAGGACCCAUCUGUUAUAACGAUGGCCAAAAUAAAGGGAUGAAUCUCAUAGUUUAUUAGAUAUAAUCGUGUAAAGUUUGCUUAUCAUUUUCGCAUAAAUUAUGACCUAAAUUUGGAAACCGCUGAAUUUCUCGAAUUGGGUCUUUGCGAUUUUGGUGAAUCUCUGUUCAGCGCAAGGCACUAAUGCGCACUAUAUGUAGCCGAGAGAUUUUCACGAAAAAAUGCCUGCAACAGCAGAUUUCGACUCAGACCUCAAAGGGGCGUGGCAUUAUAACCACGUGACAUUAGGGAGCUUUAGCAACGACGACGGCGACGGCAACGAGGACAUCAAAAAAUCAAUAGGUUUAGAUUGACAAAACAACAACUCUGCACGUGCAUCAUGCUUUUUUGUACAUUUCUUUACCGUCCUUGCACGGCUACGACGUGAAAAUGCCUAAUUGCAAGUUUCAUGGAGGACGUAAACAAGCGACGACGAAUCUCUUUUUCUCUCUCUAAACUUGAGUGCGGUCCUCAAGAAAUCAACUCCAGGGAAAUUCGCCUACACUUGUCAUUUUCAGCAAAUUGGAAUAAACGCGACAAAGAUUGAAAAAACGGGAAUUCAUUUUAAAACUGACGUUUUCGCUGCCAUUGCCGUCGUCGAUGCUAAAGCUCCCUAUUUACUCCGAUCGCCAAAAAUUUUAUGUUAUAUUGUAGAUUGAUCUAUAUGUUAUCCAUUCUAUGUGUUAGACUUACGAUAAAAGUAAAGGUGGGGAUACCAGAGAGCUUCAAAGUAGGAUGGUACCCCCCCCAAAAAAACUGGGUCGAGUCACCUUAAGAUCCGAGGACGACGACGGCAGAGAAAACGUCGCUGAAAAAGUGAAUUCGCGUUCUUUUAAUCUUCAUCGCGAUUACUCCAACUCACUAACUUUGUCAAAUGUAGGCGAACCCUUCUAAAGUUGAAUUCCUAAGAACCAUAUCCAAGUUCAGAAAGAGAGAGGAAAUUUCGUCAUCGCUAGUGUACUUCCUCUGUACACCGUGAAAUUUAGGCAUUUUCACGUCGUAGUCAUGCAGUGACGGCAAAGAAAUGUACAAAAAAGCGUGAUGCACGUGCAAAAUUAUUGUUUGCUAAUUAAACCUAUUGCUUUUGUGGCGUUCCCGUUGCCGUCGCCGUCGUCGGAUCUUAAGGUCCCUUCUGUUCUUGACUCGUUUUCAUGUGAAUGUUGCCCGUAGCAACGGCAAUCCAACGUGGCGCGCCAAAAAUUAAAGCAUGCGUACUAUGCGUUCGCGUCUUAUAGAAGACGCGAAGGUCAUUUAUACGAAGUUUUUCUCGUCUUAGCUAAGACGUGUCUUAUCUAAGAACAGGUGUUAAGUGCUGUUCUAAAAUAAGACGCGUCUUAGCUAAGCCGCGUCUUAUUUUAGACGAAAUAUGCCGUUUAUACGGAAAGUUCGCGUCUUAUUUAAGACGCGUCCUAUGUAAGACGCGUCUUUUUUUUCCUCGUAUAAAUGGCCCUAUUAAGCAGUUCAGCAUCCUUUAUCGAGGACCAACAAUCAGGAAUUCUUUGCCAAUUACACUAAUCAGCUUCUCUUCUAUAUUUGUUUUGUUUUUUAGAAAAAUCUGAAAAAAAUUAUCUCAUCAAUUGAUAGGCGUUCUGUAACUUAAGUUUUAUGUUUUCUGUACAAUUCGCAAUCGAGUAAGCCUUUGUAAUUUAGUUUAAGGAAGCCUAUUACUAUAAGCUCCCAGCUACUUAAUUAUACUUCCUAGUCAAAUCAACUUAUAUUUUAAUUAUUAACACCUUUUGUAACGUUUUAUUUUUAUGUUAAGUGAGUGACAAAAAGCAAAUAAAGAAGUGAAAAAAGUAUGUGCGUGUUUGGACGCUACGCCCCUGAGUAACUUAGUGUUUUUUUAAUUUGUUGUCUUUCUAUCUGCUAUAGCCAAAAAAUGCUCUUUUCGUAUAGCAGCAUUACUAUUAUGCUUUUUCACAUUACAACUAGUUUAGAAGCCCGUUUCCUAAUGCAUUAGUAUUUUUUCCUUAAUAGUAAUAAGUUAGUAAUAAGAAGCAGUAAUCUAACUUGUAAUUAUGCUUUCUAUCAAUAAUUUUUAGAAACAGCAAACACUGUAAAGAUGACAAUCACCACACGUGAUUUAAGUAGUAAAUUGGAGGAUGUCGUGGACCGAGUGUUUAGACGAGAACUCAAAGUGUACUUGAAACACAAUAAAAGAAUGAAGCUUUCCACAGCCAGUGGACUAAGCGAUUUCGUUGAGCAUAUAGAAACUACUUACAAGUUUUCCUUAAAAUCUGUGGGUAUGGGAUCUUUGGUAAUUGAAGGUCAGUGCCCCGACCUGCAGAGUCUCGAACUUCUUUGGAAUGACUACCAUUCUGGUGUCCUAAAUGAAGCUGCAGAGAGAUUUUUAGUCACUGAUGACAUGAAGAGAGAAAUCAAUUUGGAGACCAUCAAAUUAAAGACCAUUAUUGAGGUAGACAGCUAUUUGAUUUGCAAAAACGCUCUUAAGGAAAAGUCAGGUGUCUCAGGUGAGUUGGGCCUCUAGCCCUAUUUCUUGAGUAAUUUUUCUUUAGAUAAGAAACUAAUAUAAUUGCUCUGUUAGUGUUUUAUAGCAAUGUACUCAAAUUAUACAUGUAUAUACACCUGGAUCUUUGAAAACCGGGUUAGCAAGCUGAAAUCAACUCAUUCCACUACUUGGCAGUGUAAAGCAAUAAAACCUCGUCAUUCAAAGGCCGAAUAAAAGCCUUUAUCUGACUCCUGGCAGUAAGUUAGUAGUUACUAGAAUCGAAGUUCUCAUAGAGAAGGGAAGUGCUGCCGUGAGUUGCGAUGCGAAUAGUUAGCAAAACACUACUUUUUUCGCCUUUCGAUAAACGACAGGGUUUCGCAUGGAAUAGACAACAAACUGAAUGAAACAUACUACACAAAUUAUCACCUUUGUAUCUGCAAAAACCGGCCUUUUGGUUCAAAGCCAUUAGAGCCCACUGAAACUAGACUUAGAUUCAAUUUUCGUGAGUCGAGAGUUGCUUUUCCAAGGUACAAUCCGCUAAUAAACACCGGAGAAACGUUUUUAUAGCGAAACAGCUCAACCACGCGGCCAAAUAGUUUAUAAUUGUUUUGUGUAGAUGUGGCUGUAGAGUUUAGUAUGGGAAAGUCACGUUCGGCAACAAAUUUUCGUCGUCUUAGAAGAUGUUUAUCGUUAAAGGAAACAAAAUCCAGCUUGGUUUCGAUAAUAGUGCUGAAAAUAAUCAAUGCGUGCCAAGACAGCGUUAAACAUGAAAAAAACUGUACAGAUGAGUGGUUUUAUUUCUUAUGCGGCGUCAUAAUACUGUGGGUUACAUUAUGUUAAAAUGUGGUGGAGAGCAGGGCUUCAUAGCUGUGCAAGAAACGUUGCAUUUGGUUAAAUUUAUAGGCAAAUGUUGCUCAAUUUUUUUUCGAGUGUUUAUGUUACGCUGCUUAGUACUACAGAAUAUAAUAUAAAGUACCAAAGUAUUCGUUAUGGCCGCAGUGGCACAACAACAGACCCAACUUAUACAAUUUCCGGUUCAAUGCUAAUGUUGGUGUGCUUUUCACCUUAGAUAUUCUGUCACAGGCUUGCGAAAAGCACAUCCAAACUCGAUUUUCUCUUUAGCAAUUUCGGUUUUGGAGUAUUACACAGCCAAUAAUGUUAUGUCAUGUUUCAGUGCAUAGCGGUGCUUUCUUGCCUUAAGACACAGAGCUAGGGAUCCGAUUUCAGAAGCCUUCUUUGAUCGAGUUGCUUUAUUUUCUGAUUUUAACUAUUUAUUUGAGUUGCUGGACCAGGUUUUGCUUCCUAUAGCAGUAGUGCCUUUUACAUAUUGGAAUUAUGCUCAAAAAACAUUUUAAAAACGCUCACUGCGAAUUUUAAGAACAGUUUUCAUGUCGGAAACGCACGUUUCCCAUACAAAGCCUUGGAGUAGAAUGCAAAGUUUGUCCGAGUCACGCGGCGGGUCUAAGGUGAUAACAACAACAACAACAACAACAACAACAACAACAACAAGUUUAUUCAGUAUUACCAUUUUGUACAGGUGUUACCGAUUAAAAUAAUAAUAAACAGCUAAGUUUAAGGAAAUGCAGAUAUGAUGGAACCGGGUAGAAUUAACUAUGUUUCUUUCGUCUUUCAAAUGCUUGAAAGAUGAAAUUAGCAGCUAGCCUGCUGAUAUGUGAAUCAGUAUUGUUAAAAAGAAAACAGACUUUAUCAUGGAUAUUGUAAUGUGUAAAUAAUGUAUUUCGGUCGUUGAUUUUAGUAAAAAGAGUCUUUCUCAAAUCAUUGUAUUGAUCACAGUGAAAUAAUAUGUGCAGUUCAUUUUCAACCGAAUUUUGGUUGCAAUGAUCACAGAUUCUAAUGUCUUCAGGAGUUUUGGGGAUUGUAAAUCUUCCAGUUUCUAUUUUUAAAUUAUGAUUUCCUAUCCUAAAUUUGGAAGCUACACACCUAUGUUCAGGAUUCCGGAUAUGAUUGAUGAAUUCAGAGAGAUUUGUUUCAUUUUUAAAGAUGAAGUAGAAUUUUAGUUUUUUAUUUGUUCUUAUCAAAUUUAGCUGGUGGUUUUUCAGAUGUUUUGACCAAUUAUUUUCAGCUUUGGAUAGGAAAGUAGAAGGGUUUUUAAAGUUAACUGACUGUUUAUGAAUAUUAAGUUGUGUACUCAAAAGAUUUAUUUUAUUUAUUAGAUCUGAUUUAUUUUCUUCGGCCAUUUUAUCCGAUAUGUUUAAGCAGAGUUUAGCGAUGCUGUCAGGGGGUUGAUUUUCAAGGUGAAUCCAAAAUUUGAAAAAUGUUUAUUGUUAUUUGUAAAUUUAGAGAUAAUCUAGCAAGUUCAUUUCUCGAUGCAACAUUCGGUGAACGUAUGUUUAAACCUAAACACAUCUUACAAAAAUGUAAAUGCGUUUUCUCAAUCGAGUCUUUAUCCCAGCGGCUAUAAUCACUUUUAUCAUAGAUUCCCCAAACUUCAGAGCAAUACGUUAAAAUUGGGGAAAAUAGUUUAUUGAACAGUUUGUUGAUGAUGUGAAUUGGUAAUUUUAGAAAAUCUAGAUAACGACGAGUAGCAAAAAAGGAUCUCUUUGUUUUUUCUGUUAAGUUCUCCUUGUGAUUUGUAAAAUUUCCAUUGGCAGAAAAUUUCACUCCAAGAUAGGUAUAGUUAUUGACGAUUUCAAUGUUUUCAUUGCUAACCAUAAAAUUGUGUUUAACUAUUGCUGAUCAUCUAUCUACCCCACUCCCCCUUUCACUCCCUCCCUUCGUUUUUUUUUUUUUUCAUCUUACCCACAAUUUUCUCUUCAACACAAGUGACAGUUAUUUGAAAGCUGGCUUCGGUGCUGCGUUAGCAGUUAUUGGUCACCUUAAGAAAAGUUUCCCGGAGAGCAUCAAGUAACGCUCUGAGAUGGGACAAAGUUAUUACGAUUCGCAGAGUCUGCAUCGUCCAAUAUCGUAUUGUAUUCUCGUUUCAUUUGGCUUCGGAUCAAUCACCCUUAUCCCGACUGAUACAGAAAGGUACGAUAUUGUUCGCUUUUCUAAGGUGACCAGUAAGUCUUUGGCCUCGGGAAUAGGCUCUUAGGAGUCAAAUGAAUUGGGCGAGAGCAAAAUUGCCGGUGAACUUUGACCCGGCCCAAGACUGAGUCUUUUUCUGGUGUGAAGUCAGGGUCUACGCUGGUCUGCCGACCGUGUGACUUUACAUCCGGGAACUUAAAUAAGACGAGUGUAAGGAAAAAGUCCAGAGGUGUGUAUCUGCCAAUAGGCUGAGUUUUUCCAAGUUGUUCGAUGAUAUUUGGCUUGUGUUAAACGUCAGAAGAUUAUGCAUGGUUGUGGAUGGUAAAGUGUGUAAUUGUGUGAUUUCCGCAUAGUGUUGACAGGUAUGUGGUAGCUUGGUUGUGCCCAGGGGGUUGUGCUCUUACGCUACUUGUGUUUCCCGUGUUUAUCUCACCUAUUCAAUUUGGAAUAUGUGUGAAAAUCUUCAUUAUGAACCGGUAUACUUUUCAAAGAGCUACACAACGAGCAAGAAUGCUAUUGACCGACGAUAUACAGAGCGAGGGCAGCUGUAGUGUCAACUGUUACUCGGUUAAUAUAUUGACACACAUUUAACGUCUGGGCCGCCUGUGGUACUUGUACACAAUAUUCUUCUAACACGAGCACCACGACAUACCUGAAUUCUCUCUUUCAACAACUUCAGGAAAUCACAAUUCACGUUUGCGGCACGGUUAAAACUAUCCACAACCAACCAUGCACAAUGUUCCCACACUUAAUACGGACCAAAUAUCAUCAAAUUACUCUUGCUGAAUAACUCUUACUCUCUCCACAUAAAUCAUCACACGUAAACUUUUCUGCUCUGGGCUGACUCAGUCGAUUUAUUCAAGAUCCCGGAUGUAGACGAGCAGUUUUGAAAGGGACACUUAGAGGCCCGGCCUGGUCAGAAAUCAGCAUCAAUUUUGCUCUCGCCGAAUAGAUUUGACUCCUACCAAGAGCUUUUUAAGUCCAGAGACUCGUCACCGCCCACAUCAAAGCUCGCAAUAUGAUUCCUUGCGAGAUCAGUGUUUCACUCGUUUAGCCAAAAUGAGACGAAAUACGCUAAAAUAUUGGACAACGGCAGACUUUGCCAAUCGUCAGUCUUGUUCCUUCAUAAGCCUUAAUGAUGCCUUCCGGAACUUUGCUACGGGCGGCCAAAAAGAAAUCUAGAAAAUUAACCUACCACGGGAAAACAACCCCCGCGCGCGCUGAUUUCAAAUGUAAUAGGGUUUAACUUUUAUGACACCGUGAGAAUUAUGGAAAAUGAUAUGUAGCUGAGAAAGGAGGGUUGGUGGGGAAAGAUGUAAACAGCAUUAAAAAAAACGUUUGUUUUUUGUUUUUUGGUCUACUGCAGCUUGUUAGGGGUUUUUUGUACUGAAAACAUAAGAAAAAAAUGGUCAAGUACUAAACAAGCCUCAAAUACGACUGUUGCUAAAAAAAUCCUGGAGGUACCUUAUUGCAAAUCCAGACAGAUAUAUAAUUAUAUGUAUCCUCAGGAGCAACCACCUAGAGCUAAAGAAGAUGUUUGUUUUAAAAUGACUACAUAAAGCGUUCAGUCAAUAACAUAAUAUCGAUUUUUAUACAUCUCUAAGGAGCGGAUUCUACGCAAUGUCAGCUGUCCUCAAUGCAGCUCUACUUGCUAACCCGGCAGUCCUCGGCACGACAUGCAUUUUCCGGGUGCUUUUGCAAGCUUUUUUUUCUCGCUUUGUAUUACAGGGUAAAUGAUUAAUUUGCUAAACUUUGAUUCUCUGCUCUUGCCAAGCCCGGGGGGGUACUUAAGGAAUUUCUGGGUGGGAAUGUGCCGCUGGGACCCUGGAACCCUUAACCUAUACCAGAACAAGUUCAGCUGAAUUUUGCUACCCUAUACUAGAGUAAACUCCACAAAUCCCCCUAUGCUAGAGUAGCUGUUUCCCUUGUCUAGAUAAAAUCUUCAACCAACUGAUCAGUUUCUGAAAAAUGAUACCCUAUUCUAGACCCAAACGCUCUGAUUUAUAUACCCUAUCCUAGAGUAAACUGCUUGAAAACCAUACCCUUCACAGCGGCACAUACAUAUAUAGCCCAUAUAUGGCAGUGCCCCCCCCCCCCCGGGUUGCCAAGGCCUUUCUAUUUUAAAAAUUGACUCUCCUCUUUUGAAAUCAUUUGCGACCAGACUGCAUAUAAUAUGACAUAUUUUCUGUUAUUUUCCAUCUGUUGCAGAUGAAGCACUUAGUACAACAGAUGAAAAAGCAAAUUUCAGCCGGUUGACACAGCUUUUGAUGCGUGGAGGACUCGCACUGUUAAGGGAAGUAUUUGAUAAUAUCCAUCCACCAGCUAACCUUCCAGCUUUGCUUGGUAACCCCGCCAUAAAAAAGCAUCUUCAAACUCUGAGAGGAAACAGGGUCCUUUUCUUCCCGGAAUGGGAACGUCUCUACAAAUCAUCCGAACCAGGAGUGUAUGGAAAGUCGGUCGAUUUUGAUAUCAGCCUACUUUAUAAAUUGCUUCGGGAAAUAUGCAACUUUACUGCUCCCGCUACCGGAUGGGACAACAUGCCUAACAGCACUGAUCACAGCCUUCAAGCCGACAUAGUGAGAAUCAGGUCUUACCGUAACACAAUUUAUAAUCACCACUAUCGCUUCGGGGUAACAGAUGCUGACUUCAAGAAGUUUUGGAUUGAACUUAGUGAGGCCCUACUGAGAAUUGCUGGCCACUUAAGCAGCGCAAGAAGAGACGAAUGGAAGAAGUCUAUCGAAAAUUUUCUCCAUGAUCCACUUACACCAGAUGCAAAGAAAUGUGUUGAUGAACUUCGCUUUUGGUACCUUAAGGAGAUGGAAAUAAACGGUGAACUCGAAAAGCUGAGUGUAAAGAUGGAGCAUGUUCAAAAUGAACAACAACAAAUGGAUAAGGACAUAAAACGUGAGUUCGAAAAGAUGGAGAAAGGGCUUGAAAGUCAAGAAGUAAAGAUGACGCAGAUGCAAAGUAAACAACAACAAAUGGAGCAGAAUAUAUUUAUGAGUAUUAGAAUCAUCGUCGUUGAACAUCUUACGGCAAGUGGGUCAGUUAUUAGCUCAUGUGAAUUGCCCAUUGCCCCAGAAAAGGAAGGUGGUCAAUCGCCGUAUGAAAGUGUGGAGACUCGCAUACCUGUAUCUCCAGAGCAGUCACUAGGGGAAGGUGCCACUCGUCUAUCCACAAGCAAGGAAUUGCAAGUCAGUCAGCAGAAUCGCUCUUUAGAUCUUGAUUUUUGGUCUGUUGUUUAUUCAUUCCGCAAGAGCUCAGUAAAUCUCCUAAUCAGAUACUUGAAAGAGAAGCUUGGAGUUGAAGUUCAAAAGUGUAGUCAAGGCAGCCUGAUCAUUACAGUUUCGUGCUGUUCAUUGGAAGUUCUUGAGGCAUUGUGGAAAGAAUAUUGUACAGGCCACCUUAACAAAGUAGUUCAAGAUAUGCUUGUAACGCCAGAGGUUUUAGAAAAACUUGACCUCAGGGAGGCAAAACUAAGAACCGUUAUUUCAGAGGAAGAUUACUUAUCACACAAAGAGUUUCUGAAGAACAGAUCAGGUAAUGGUAAAAAAUCUUUUCAAACCAACGGAUAGUAAUAAUUUACGGAUUCAUUCAAAAUAUUUCACCGUUCUUUUUUCGCUUAUUCUUCACAUAGGAACUUGAACUUGUCCCGAUAUCACAAAAACUUUAUCCAAUAAUUGUUUGUAAUGCUGCUAUUUUGUCUACACUCCAGGACGCCUGGAGGGGGGAAGGGGGGGGGUGGGGCGGGGCGGUCUCCACUGGAUGUUGCUCCCUGCUAGUUGAUUGUUAUUUUACUUAAUUUGCUUCGCACUGUACUGAGCCGAAGAACGAGAUAACGUGGGGUUUCUAUCACCAUUAACGUGGCCACAUUUAAGUGUCUGUGGGAAUAGACAACAUUGAAAUAUUCAAAUUACUAGACUGGAUGUUCCGUAAAAGUCUUUCCUAAUUUUCGCUAGCGAAACAUAGUAGUCGUUUAUUCUAUCAAGAGAGGCAGAUGAGUUUGCUUUUCAAUAUGUCUAUACAGAGCCUUCACCAGACGCACAUUUGGCAGAUAGGUUAGGCCGGUGUACUGGGUGGUUAAGCUAAAAUUUUUUGUGCUCUUGCAUUCUCUUUAGAUAAAACAGCAAUGAAGUCUCCCCAACCAGCCAUUUCCGCGCCUAAGUUUGCUGAAGGUGAGAAAGAUGUUGUGAUAAAAUCAUAUUUUUAUAUAAAACUUUUUUCCACAUGAAGCUAGUGAAUCGCUUACCAAAGCCGCGUCUUUUUGAAGCCGCUCUCCAGGGAGGUUUAAGGUCCUCAGGAAUCAGGGUAAAAAUAUACCGGAGUUUCAAAUAUGUCCGAACUGGGCCCGAGUCCUCCAUAAAAUAUCGCAUUAGGAAGUUUCACGAGAUACUCGUGCUGUGGACAUCAGAGAAAGGUACCAAAAAGUGUGAUGCACACCGCUACCGGUAGGCUUAGUUGGAUUAUAGCGCCAGUCAGUACCGAUUGGAAGGCCGCGGGUUUUAAUUCCCAGCCGGAACUACACGUAGGGUUUUCAAUUAACGGAGGAAAAAGUGUUAUCGUGGCAAUGUCAUCUGCAAACAGUUAGACUUUCUAGUCUUCUCGGAUAAGAAAGAAAAUCCGUAGGCCCCGUCUCACAGCCCUUUUUCAUAUAAAAUCCUGUGUUAAAGGACCCAAACGCUGUUCGUAGAGAGUAGGGGACAUUAUUAGUCAGCGAUGAGGUGGUCUAUCUCAAUUUCAUUUCCACAUAAGGGGACAUUUAUAGAUCAUUACUCUAGGGUUGCCAGUUAUCCAUGAAUGAAUAUUAUGAUAUUAGCAAUUCAAAAAGAACGUUAAAGCAUGACCCACUAUAGUAGUCCCAGAAAAUAUCCAUACCCCCCAUCCCCCGGACGGAGGGCAACGGAAAAGCAGAGGGGGGGGGGGGGUUCCAAAAGGAAGCAAUUUCCGAGGAGGUGGGGGUGGCCUCUCUAGUCUUUUUUAUAGGAGCUCCGAGUAAGAUUGAUGAGCAAGCUAUCGGUUAUUUUACUUUUAAUCGGUGUUUCAGACCAAAAAGAGUCCAAAAAUUAUUGUUUUCAUGGAUGAUCUUUUAUUUGCGGCCGACUGAGUGCUUUUUUCAUGGCUUACACGAUAGGUCGACCGUAAAACGAUUGUCGUCGGUUGAAGACUAAACUUUCCGUUUUCUAUUUGUUGCUUUCUUACACAAUGUAUUGUGGUAUUCAAUGUAAUGCGGUCAUGUUCUAAUAAGUCUUCUUCUAACCUGUUCUUAACUGAAAGGAGGCAAUUGAAGUACACCGGUUUGAGAGAUGGCAUCACUUGUGUCGUAUACGGCCGUACCGCCUGCAUCGUUCUCAGUGAAUUACCGUUAAUAAUUAACUAGGAAAGACCUCUACAAGGCAAAAAAGAGAUUAUUUGACACUGUAUCAACAUAUAUGAAAAGAUUUUUUUCUCUCUUUAUCGCAGAAACAAUAACCUUUCGCAUAAAACUAUUGUGCAACGGCAUUUUGAUGGUAAUAUACCUUCCAGGGGGUACCCAACCAAGUUGGAAAAUUACGGAAAUCCCAGGGCGUGGAUGGGGGGGGAGUCUAAAACAAAAGUGCCCACCGUGGAGGGGUAGGUGUAUUUUUUUGGAACCACACAAUUACGUAAAACCCGUAAAGAGUCAAAUUUAUAAAAGGGUUUUCUUGACUCCAACUUUGCGUCACUAGUUGACACAGUUUUCUAACGCAAAGAGAAAAGUGAAAAGAUGAGCCCAGACAGAUUAUUGGCUCCCGGCCCCGGUAUGACAUAUACAAUGUAAUUGCAUGUGUAGUGAAAUAUCAACGUAAUUCAGUGAUGCUAUAAUUCCCGGGGAAGCAAGGCCGAAGCCCUCGUGAAGCCAAGGCGGGUUGAUAUUACAAUUCGUGGCGCGAAUGCCCUUCUCCCCUGCCUGUCACCACCGUGAUUUAUUUGCAGAUAAAUGGAAGAGAACAACAAACAAAUAAUGCGAUGAUUUAAGUGUUUGUUGCAUGAUCACUCUUUUAUGGCAUGAAGUUAGAUAGCUAUAUCUGGGUUAGUUUCCGCAAUGACGUCUCCUCCUAGAGUUCUUCCUCUCAAGAGGUCGCAGCUCGACCUUUGUUAAAGACCAAAAUAAACAAUGCGCAAUGCCUCAAGGGAAAGAACAACAGACCUUCAAGCAAAAAAAGUACGCCUGGAAUUCACAUAAUCGCUUGUAGUUUCAGCUAAGGAUAACAAAAUUUACCUGGUUAGAUUCAGGUUCUGUUUCAGGAUACCCAGCAACUUUGGUAUUCUGCAACGUUAUAGUAGAAACGUAGUAGUAGCAGGUCAUUUUGUUGGUGUUUUACUUCAUCGCAUUCCUUCAUUCCCAGGAUCUCUCUCCUUACCAUAUCUCUCUUGCUCCAGGGAACUGGAGGAAGAGAGACCCUGGGAACAUUUGUUUCUGUUCGAGAUUUAACUUUAUGACAAAGGUCGCCUCUUCCUUAAUUACAGGCAGAAGUGUUAUGGCAUCAUUGACUGGAAUCCUGCUUGACGUCUCCGGUUCCAUGCGUCGUAGCAUUAGAACGGAUAUCGAUGAAGAAGGAGGACCAUGGGCUACCUCGACAUUUGAGGUUAUAGACGACUUUGCAAAACACAAAGUUCCUUCAGAUAACCAUGUAUUUGCUAUAGGCUUUGGAGCUAAUUGUGGUGACGAAAUGUUUGAUAUCAUAGGAACUCUUAAAAAUAUUGAAAAACAAAGAGAAAGAAUUGAUCAAGCACAAAUCGUUGAAAUUAUUGAUCAAGGGCCUGUCAAACCAAGGCACAUAGACUUGAUUUUUCAUAAAUUAGAGGGAGUCGGUGCACACACUAUCCGCAAAUGGGUAACUGAAGAAGAAUUCAGCAGAGUAGUAACGGAUGAUAUGGCUGUCAUGCUACUCAAUAAAUUUGAGUCUGACGAAUUGUUUCUAAAAAAUUUCGUUCAAGAGUUUCUACCACCGGCUUCUCGCGAGUGGUCUGAAAGCCCUCCACAGAGUCUUCCAGGCCACUUGUAUAGCUCGCAAAGUGCAGUUGCGAAAGUGACUAGCCGCUUUAAACGUGCUACGAUGGAAGAUAUCAGAGAAGUGGUAAGCCGGGUCGCACCCUAUUUGGCAGAUGAAAAAAGGGAAAAGGUCGAGCCAAAAUUGCUGGAAGAAAAAAAAGAAAUAGUAGGUGUUACUGAAGAUUCCAUUUUCAAUGUUCAAGAAGCCUCAGAUGUUCUACAUGGGUUCUUAGAUGAAAAAGACCUCUCCAAAGAAAGGAGUCGAGAGUUACUGAAGAGCGUAGAGCCCUACAUUUACGGGGAAAAGCCUUUAUAUCAGUCGAUUGAGAAGGCGAUAAAACUAUUUCAAGCCUCAAGUUUCUCCAGUCACAAAAAGUUGCUGUUCAUCUUGUCAGAAGGAGAGCCCUCAGAUGGACAAACUACUGAUCGUGCAAAAAUAGAUCGAUUGGUCUCUGAAUUAACCACAGCAGAUGUGACUGUAGUGAGCUGUUUUGUCACUGACUCGGAGCAGAUUGAUCCCAAACGACUGUUCAGCCAAGAGGGACCUGACUGGGAUCCGGGUGCAAAGUUCCUGUUCUCAUUGAGCUCAAAAGAGUUCACGCAAUCCCUACCACGCACUAUGUUUGUUAAACGUGAUUUUACCAUCGAUCACACCAGCAAUGAAACACACUUGUUCUUGCAGGUCAAUCAUCCAAAACACUUGCAAAGCGCUUGCAAGUUGGCUCAAGAUGUCCUUUUUUGUAAAGAUACGUUAUCGGAUGUGCUUGCAUCUGUAGAUCUAGAUAUGUUUCAAAUCAAGCAAGACGUGGAGAAAGUGGAGAAAACAGAAAAGUCCUGUCAUGCGAAUGCAUGUGCUACAGUACUUUAUUUGUCCAUGAAACGAAUUCGUGGUCGCAAAGGGGGUUAUCCAUGUUUUCAGGAACUGAGAGACGAAUGUAUCCGCCGUUUUGGAAGUGACGGUGACGAUCCCCUCCACGUUUUACAGGAAAUGUGCGUUGAUUACCGUUUGUGUUGCAGAGAAGUCGACCUCAAGGAUGCCUUAGAAGCAGUUUCUUCAAUCUGUCCACGGCCAGUGGUGGCAAGUUGUUGGCUAACAAAGCGUGAAAGGGAUAGCUUUAGAAAGUUCUUUGGCGAUGACCGUAACCGAAAAGGCAUUUUGACGAAGAAAGAAAUCGAUCUUACAGCCCGUCCACGCAAUAUCCCCACCCGUGGCUAUUCAGUUGUGUUAACUAGUUUCGACAGCGAAAGUCUACGAUUGUUAAAUUCUUGGGGAGAAGACUGGGGGGACAUGGGAUUUUUUCGAGUGCAAAACGCAGAUGUUCUUGGGUUAAAAUUCAUCGACGUUUACUGGAAAGAAAACGAUUUGACAGAGGAAGAGCAAACCUAUUCCAGGAAGCAUAAAUCCGCUGAUACCAGAAAGUUAAUGAAGUUGUUGGCAAGUCUUAAUCAAGCUGAAUACACCUGCCCUUUUACCGAAUGCAGUAAGAGGUCGCCGGUGAUGGAGUUUACUGGAUCUCUGUCACGCGCAAAUUGUCCCAAAUGUGGCAAGGAGUUUUCUACAAAGAAUGAACAGGAAGGGAACAUUUUGGCUCUAAGUAUUUAUCUUACUUCUUUAAUAAGAUGA